AUGCUGUUCUUCCUCAUCAUUGCCUUGUUUGCCCUCCUGGGCGCCGCCGUCCCUACCAGCGACACCACCACCACCACAACUGAGCUGAGCUGGACCGGUGAAGUCGCCGGGCACGGAACCGUCACCCUCUAUGGCGACGCCUACUCCGUCGAGCAGCAGAUCUUCGCGCUCGACCCCGCCGCCGCAGCAAACUACGUGCCCGAGAACCCAUUCAUGAGCGAAAACCCACCGGCGUUCAACGAGACCGAGGUGGUCGUGACGGCGAACCGAUCCUACUACUCCAAGACGAGGGCGGUCAUCGCCGGCCGCGACCAGGUCAACCAGGAGAUGAGCCUCAGCGACAGCCCGUUCGGGGAGACGCACUGGUUCUGCGCGACGUUCGCCACUGGCUCAUACUCAGAAGUGUACCAGGCGCUUGCCCGCGUCGGCGCCCCCGGCGGGAGCAACCACGAGACAGCCACCUGGACCAUCGCAGGCACCAAGAGCGAGGGCCAGCCCGUGUGCCAGCGCCUCGCCUGUGCCGAGAGCGACGGACACCCGCUGCACACUGCCGUAUACUGGUGCAACGACAACCCGUACCCGGUCACAGCCCGCGCCUGGGACCUGGCCGCGACGGCGGCCAUCAUCUCCAACGGCCACCAGCUGUUCGACUUCCAGGGCUGCUGUCUCUUUAGCCAGACCAAGGGCACUCACAGCCAGUUCUCGGGCCAGGUUUUCAUCGGAAACGGGACCAACAUCAACGUUGGUUACGGAGACUGUUCGAAGGAAGACUACUUUGUGCUUCCCAGCUCUUAUGGCUACCCUGGAGACUAUGGAAGUUGUCUUUAG